GGCUUCGCGGCGAGGAGCCCGGCCGGCUCUGGCCCCCAGGCAGCCGGCCUGUGGGUCGGGCGUCUUCGCUGGUGCAUCCCGCUUCAGCCCGCCCGGUGAGGCCGCGAGUCGGGUUGCUCUGCUGUGCUCCACCACCUUCUCCUAAAGAUGCAUCCUGACUUAUCUCCACACUUGCACACUGAAGAAUGCAACGUCUUGAUUAACUUGCUUAAGGAAUGUCAUAAAAAUCACAGCAUUCUGAAGUUUUUUGGUCAUUGCAAUGAUCUUGAUCGGGAGAUGAGAAAAUGCUUAAAGAAUGAGUACAUGGAAAAGAGGUCCAAGAGCAGGGAGCAUGGCAAUGCGAUGCGAAAGAGACUUUUUAAUCCUCCAGAGGAAUCUGAAAAAUAAAUUAUAUUUUCACUGGAUGCCUUGGCUGAGAGAAGACCUAAAGACUCUUGGUUGAUAACCAAAAGAAUCCUAUCUCAUUUGGUCUCCAGAAUCUUUUGAAUGGAAAGUGACUCAUGAGAAAUCGAGCCAUGGAGAAAUAUGGAAACCCUGGAUUCUGACUAUUUGUUGGACAGAGCCUUUAGUACUCUCUCCUCUACCAACACACCUGGCUUCUAACACGUUUCUUCCCUUUGUCUACAGCCAGUUAACAUUCGAGUAACUUAUCUCCCUCAAUAAAAUAAUUGACUUUAA